CGUGAUAAUGUACCUAUGUAUUUUCCAACUAAGAGCGGCGUCGAAGUGCCUAUUACGAAAAUGAGUAUUUAUAUAAAGACACUUCAAGCCGCUCUGUCGGGCCUGACGAUCAUAUACCUAAUGCAGGAGCCACUUCAUUCGUAGAAAAGCUCGAGGUUCAAAGAGUCAUUCUAUCUCAACAUACUCUUCGUCGUCUUCAAAGAUGGCUGACCACGCGAAUGAACCCGAAGACUUGAAGGGUCAGCUCGACGUGUCUCACGUCGAACACCCUGCUCAGGAUUAUGCCCAGAACGUUAAUGCUAGGAUCAUUAACCCACUCGCCGGCAUCUCAAAGGACAAUCUUCGAGUCCAAGUACGGAGUUUCUGCAUCGAAUACGGCUUCCAGGAAAAGGAAGACGUAUUCUUCCGAGGUGCUCUAGCAGCUCAAAAUCCCAUCGAGGAGGACUAUACGAACAUUCCCGAGCUAACAGACGACGAUAAAAUCGCCUUAAAACGGGAGAUCACGCAUAAAUGGCAUUUACCACGACACUUGUACUACGCGAUCGCGUUAUGCUCCCUCGGAUCCGCGCUUCAGGGAUGGGAUAACACGGGCGCGAACGGAGCUAACCUGUCUUUCCCGCAAGAAUUCGGUAUCGCGGAUAACCAAUGGCUGAUUGGUGUCAUUAACUCCGCGCCGACACUCUUCGGUCUCUGCAGCGCGUGGGCGGCUGAUCCGAUUAACAACUGGAUCGGUAGACGAGGUACCAUUUUCGUAACUGGUCUAUUCUGUAUCUUCCCCGUGUUAGCCCAGGCUUUUACGCACAGCUGGUGGGAAUUGUUACUCUGCCGUCUGUUUAUGGGAUUAGGUAUGGGUAUUAAGAUCUCGGUGAUUCCGAUUUAUACUGCUGAGGUGUCUCCUGCUUCGAUUCGUGGCGGUAUGGUUACGAGUUUUCAACUUUGGGUGGCUUUUGGUAUCAUGAUUGGAAUGGUCUUCAACCUCGCAUUUUACCGUAUCGGAGAUCUAGCAUGGCGAUUUCAACUUGCAGCUGCGUUCGCUCCCGCGAUCCCUGUUGUAUUGCUAGUCUGGUGGUGUCCCGAAUCCCCCCGUUGGCUAAUGAAGAAAGGACGAUACCAACAAGCCUUCCGCUCCUUCUGCCGUCUUCGCAACACCGAAAUGCAAGCCGCGCGCGAAUUAUACUACGCCCACCGACAAGUCAUAGAAGAACGAUCCGCCUUCGCCGGAACCACACUAGGCCGCCGAAUCUGGGACUUAGUAUCAGUCCCGCGUCUCCGCCGAGCCACUCUAGCCAGCGCCUGGAUCGUCAUCUCGCAGCAAUUCUCAGGCAUCAACAUCAUGGCAUUCUACUCGUCUACCAUCUUCUCCAACGCCGGGUACUCAACUCUUAGCACAUUACUAGCAUCAUUCGGUUACGGUCUUAUUAUGUUCAUCUUCGCCUUCCCGGCAUUGUACACCAUGGAUACAUUCGGUCGACGUAAUUUAUUAUUAUUAACAUUCCCCAACAUGGCGUGGUGUCUACUCGCCGCUGGCCUGUGCUUCUUUUUGUCCACCGACAACCCGGCACGCGUGCCGCUAAUCGCAUUCUUCAUCUAUCUGUUCACAGCACUAUACGGGCCGGGGAUGGGUCCUAUGCCCUCCAUUUACUUCUCCGAGGCCUUCCCCUUGUCUCACCGAGAGAUUGGAGGCGCCUUCACCAUCUGUAUCAAUAACGCCGUAGGCAGCGCGCUGAGUCUCACAUUCCCCGCUCUUCUCGCUCGUGUAGGUCCUACCGCAGCUUUUGGCCUUUAUGCAGGCCUCAAUAUGGUGGCAUUCUUCGUUAUUUUCCUCAUAGUCCCCGAAACCAAGCAACGAACCUUGGAGGAACUCGAUUAUAUAUUUGGUGUUCCUACUUCAAAACACAUAGCCUAUCAGAUCAAGACGUGGUUGCCGUGGUGGAUCAAACGUUACGUCUUCUUCCAAAGGGACGCGAAGCUGAGGCCCCUGUACCAAUUGGAAGGAUAUUCUGCUCAGCAUGACGAUGAGGAGCAAACCGUAUAACCUUUUUGCUAUGAAAGACGGCAUAGAAGCUGCAACU